CAUCUUGCGAACGGUGAUGAUUCGAUUGCGGAGCAGUGGUUGAGCAACAUAAUGCCAAGUUCAAGCCAGAUACACGAGGCUGUUCGUCGAGCCACUAUUCGAAGGACUUUUAUGCCAGUGCUCAUGGGUAGCGCAUUGAAGAAUAAAGGCGUUCAAGCACUGCUGGAUGCCAUUGUUCAUUAUCUACCGAAUCCAUCCGAAGUUCAAAAUAGGGCGACAAUCGUCAACAAAUCGUAA